ACAUAAAUUUGCGUCUUUCAAUAAAAUUUGUAUUUGAUUUGUAUUUCGUUUUUUACAUACGUUUUCUUCUAAUUCAAUGAAUUUUGAGCUUUUGCAAUAAAUAAAAUUUAAUCCUUCGACCUUCUGUUCAUUUGAUAUACCUACUACCUUUGUUUUGUUCCUUUGUAUGUUUAUGUUAUAUAUGGGGGUUUGAAAUUGCUUCCGAUAAGUUUGCAGUGAUAUUGAUUAAAUUCGGAAAAAAAAAAAACACCAUCAGGCAUUUUAUUCCUUUUAACCUCUGAAUAUUGUCUUCUUGCAUGCUCCUAAGUUUAAUAACAUAUUAGUGUCCUUAAGGAAGAAAACAAAUACAGGAAUAUCCCUAUCCCAUUGUUUGUGUAUUUUAUUCUAUUAUGUUUGUGUGUGUGUGUUAGCCUUAGAGAUUUAAGGAUUCAAUCAGAUUUGUGUAUAAAUAUUAUAUUGGUAGUGAAGAGUGCGCGCGUUCAGAGCGGAAGUGAAGGGUCGAAUGUAAAUAUUUGUCUUUUGUGUUUCAGAGAGUAUCUUCAAGCGUGUUUUUAAAUGAUUUUUAAAUAAAAACAAAAAACACACAGAACAAAAAAUUAAAAAUAAAACCAACGAGUUGGAAAAAAAAAUUCCAAUGUAUUAAAGCUGUUUGUUUUAUUUUUUUUUUGCAAAAUAAAAAAAAAAAUCUAAUCUCGCAGCCAGAAAGAAAAGCAUGAUUUGCAACUUAAAAGGGCACCAAAAGUACUUAUCUUAAAAGCUGCUGUUAUAUACUAUAAAAUUAAGGUUUAUUCAAUCAAAAUGGACCCAUUAAUCGAAACCAUGGACCAAAAAAGCAUAGGGAAUAAGAAACUAACUAGCGGGCAAAAUCCAAAUGAACAACGCUCAAAACUAAUGCACAAAAUUCAAAACCAAGAACCAAUUAGUUCCAUAAUACUUUCCCCUACAAAUGCAGAAGUGUCCCCAUCAUCAUACGAUGACUGCUCUCUAAAGAAUAACCAUAUCUCAGAGCAAAAUCAUCAUCAUUGUCGAUCCACAACUAACUACAGAGAAAACGAUAAGCCAAUCAAUAUCGAACCUCAAAAACAACAAAAACACGAUGAAAUCGAUGACUACGAUGACAACAAAGAUGUUAUCGUUGUCAGAGAAUUUAGUAGCAAUAAUCAAAAUGCUAUCAUCACCACCACCAUCAGUCCGGAAUCGACAACCAUAACCGAGAAAAUGGAAAAUCUGCUUAUCCAAGGGGAUAUAAAGUCUAAUAAUCCGAACCAAAUUAAUCAGUGUGAUAAUAAGAAAUCAGAAGGUAGUGGCAAUCCAAUUCAAAUUCCAUCAUAUUCCAUCGCACCAAAUCGAACCACCACCACCAGUGGCGUAUCAACCACGUCAACCACUCCAACAUCCUGCACUGACAUAAUACUCAAUUGUGAUAUCUCUCAACCAUGCCACCAUCUUCCACAAUCCUCAUUACCCGAGACCAUCAAGCCAACCACCAUUCCAAAUGUUAUAACUCGCAACAUAAUUGCAUCUAAUGGCAGAGAAUUGAGUAACCAUCACAUUGGCAGUGGGACAGAAGAAAGGAAAACUGUUGUACUACAACGUCGUCAGCUACCUAUUAUCAAGGCACAGUCCUUGGAUAUGUCAUGUGACGAUUAUUCGGUUGACCAAAUCCAUUCCCACCACCACCACUUCCAGAACAACCAUUAUGUGUUACAUCAAAACCACAACUACCGUUCCCACCUCCAUAAUCAGCAUCUUCAUAAUUUUCACAAUUUUUCAUCAUGCAACCCGACGGCCACUUCGUCGUUAUCGGGCAAAGCAAAGCAAACAAUUAAUAAUAAAGGUUCCUCUUUAGUUAACCAGCAAAAACAGUCUGAGGAGGAGGAAGCUUUACGUCAUUCUAAAGUAAUUGGUAACUCUUCCACGGAAGAUGCUGACGAUGAAGAUUAUGAUGAAGAAACGACGCCAUCGCGACGAACACCUUUAGCGGCAAAUUUACUCAGAAGCCAUACUUUGGAUGAAGAAGGUCCUGCAGCACAUAAAAAUCAUCAUCACCAUCCACGUGGAAGUCUUGAUAUAACUUCAUCUGCUGGUCUAGCAGUUGAUAGUCGAACUCCCUCCAAUCAUCCGAAAGAGAAUAACCUUGCCAAAGGACAUCUGCCAAGCGUACAAUCAUUAGAAUCACGACCCAUUUAUCCAAAUGUGCCAUAUAGCCCAUAUGCGAGUCCAUACGGUAGUCCGCGGAGUCACCGACGAAAGACACCACUAAGAGAAUCCCGCAGGAUAUCCAUUGAACAAUCGGGUAGUUUUCUGCAAUUGAAUCAAUACAAACUUAUGGAUCAAAUUGGACAGGGUUCAUAUGGUCUAGUCAAGUUGGCUUAUUCUGAAGAAGAUUCCACACAUUAUGCGAUGAAGAUUCUAUCGAAACGUCGUCUUUUGCGCAAAGCUGGUCUUAUGAGUCGUGGUCCUAAGAGAACCACAACAUCACCGCUAGAUAGAGUCUAUCGAGAAAUUGCUGUCUUAAAGAAACUCGAUCAUCCAAAUGUUGUAAAGCUAGUUGAAGUUUUAGAUGAUCCAUUGGAAGACUCUUUGUAUCUUGUAUUUGAACUUGUCAAGCAAGGGGAGGUUCUUGAGAUUCCAACAGAAAAACCACUGACUGAAGAACGUGCAUGGAGUGUAUUUCGAGAUGUUGUGCAGGGAUUGGAAUAUUUGCAUUAUCAACGCAUUAUUCACGCUGACAUCAAGCCAGGUAAUUUGCUUCUAACCGAAUGUGGACACGUUAAAAUAGCCGACUUGGGGGUGUGCAAUGAAUUCUUUGGAGAGGAUGCAACUAUGAAUAAUGGCUCUACAGCUGGGACACCGGCAUUCCGGGCACCGGAAACUCUAUUUCCGGGACAGCACUUGUAUAGUGGAAAGGCAGCUGAUAUUUGGGCAUUGGGUGCAACGCUAUACGCCUUAGUGUAUGGCAAUGUACCUUUUGUGGCAAGUUCGGUGCCGUUUCUAUAUGAAAAAAUUAAAAAUGAGGUUCUUGUUAUACCUGAUAUGCCAAAAGUUAGCUGUGAGUUGAUUGAUCUUAUUGAAAAAAUGCUUACAAAGGAUCCGGGAAAGAGGAUAACGCUUCCACAAAUUAAGGAACAUCCAUGGGUAACAGCAAAUGGUGUCAACAAUCUGCCAACAGAAGAUGAAAACUGUCGUCUCGUACAAAUAAGUGAGGAGGAUAUUAAUAGUGUUGUUAAAAGCAUUCCAAAACUAGACACAUUAAUUUUAAUCAAAACAAUGCUUAAAAAUCACUCAUUUUUGAAUCCCUUCAAUCGAGGAAUAUCCGGCCGUGCUCCACAACGAGGUGGAUCCCGUUUGGAGAGAUUUACCCGAGCAGGACGAUCAAAUUCUGCUCCCGGAGCAUAUCAUUUGCCAAUCGAUAGACAACUCUCUGGUGACAAUAUUCUACCAGCUUUAUCAGAACAUAUUGUCAGUUCGAAUUGUGACAUUUCAGAGGAUUCCUAAAUGCUUUAAGCAAAAAAAAAAAAAAACAAUUACUAUAUUAUUGCCAAAA